UUGUAUUUUUCAAAGAUAUUAUAUUUAUUUACAAUAUUCAAUUUUUCAUUCCCUGUUAAGUUAAAAAAAAUGGAGAACCAAAAGAAACGCCAAGCUGCUUACAUGAAGAGAAGCCUCUUGGAUCAGGGAUACCUUGAUGAACAAUUUAUUCAUCUUGAAGAAUUGCAAGAUGAUGCAAACCCUAACUUUGUUGAAGAAGUUGUCAAGUUGUAUUACACAGAUUCAGCUAGAUAUGUUCGAAAUAUUGAACUAGCAUUGGAAAAUGGACCCUAUGAUUUUGCUAGACUGGAUAAUAUGAUGUACCAAUUCAAGGGUAGCAGCUCAAGCAUUGGUGCCAGAAGAGUAAAAAGACAAUGUUCUCAGUUUCAGGAAUACUGUAAUGCAAAAAAUAUAGAGGGGUGCAGAAACAUUUUCCAAGAAGUGAAGCAAGAGUAUGAUACUCUAAAGACUAAGCUUGAGACUUACUUUCAGGUCUCUCUCUCCAACUCUCUAAAACAUACAAAGUCAAUCUCUCCGUAACAACAUUGUUUGUUCAAAUGUUUUCUAGUUGCUAC